CAAGCGUUCGGACACACUCCUGAGUAAUGGAGACACUGAGGUGUUGGUCUUCAUAGAACUUCAUGUUUAUCAUAAGUGGUGUAUCCUUUAGCUCACUAGAUACACAUUUAACUUGUGGAGAAUCAUUAACAAAUACCCUGGUUAGGUUUUAAUGACUAGUUAGAGUGAGGAGGGAGAGAUCGGUCCAUCUGUCUUGACGCCUGGCUCGGGCUGUGACAUAUUUCACCAAACUACCAACAUGGAGGAAAACUAGCCCUUUGGUGAGGGAUUCGGAGGUUCGCCCUUUCACCUCGGCAAAUCUCCGUGCCUACAUUUGCCUACGUGCACCUCCCAAAGAUCCAAUGCCCAUCUAUUCAUCAACAAUGGCUGGUGAUGUGUGGGGCCAAUGGUUUACUUGCUGCAUCACUCAACAGCCACCACAGCGUCGACGUCGACGCAUAGACCGCACAAUGAUUGGAGAGCCAACCAACUUUGUCCACACAGGACAUAUUGGCUCAAGUGAUGUUCAGAUGGGCAAUAACCAGUUGGUUCAACUACAGUCCCAAAUGAAGAGCAAAGGAGGUUAUGAAGAGGCUCUACCACACAACCACAUGAUGACGGUCGUACCGGUGCAAAGAACAUAAAGAAAGUAUGACAUAGCAGAAAGCUGAAAAUGAAAAGUUUUUCCGCGCAAACUGGGCUCGGGAUCAACUUCUUUGUGUUACAAAAUUGGAAGAUUUAGGUCUUGCCAUAUAGGAGGUGUUUUAGCCUGUGCUGUCUCAUGUCCAUGGUGCUCCUUAUAUUCAGGUCAGACAUCUUGUUGGCUCGUCUUGUGACUCAAAGCUCGUGUACUUCAGUAAGGUUAGUAGGACCCAGUUCUUCCUUGUUAACUACUACUUCCACCAGCAUUUAUUUCUAAGUCCAGAGUGUGUGAAAGUUGAGAAGGUUGCAUCUUAUACCCCAUAGAUCUGAAAUAUAUUUCUCUAUACAAAUAUUUGAGAGAAAUAUUGUCAUAAAAUGAGCUUGUAUCUCAUACUUCAUAGAUCUGAGUAUAUAUCCUGUUUUAUACACUAUAAAAUUGAUGUAAUCUAGUAAUAUGUGCUCAAGCUGUUAAAGUACUAAGACAAAUUGUACUAUCACAAAGUUGACUAAAACUACAAGAGAGUAAGCACAAUAAAUCUAUACCUGUACAGUACUAGUCCUCAGUAAAUGGACAGAUGUCAACUUACUGCACAAAUGGAAAAAAAAUUAUGAUUUAACUAAAUUUUAAUCUUCAUGAGUUCUUUGGGUAUUUCUGAAGAACUGAUUUUAGUGCUAGUUGGAUUCUCAUAAAUCUCACAAAUGGUUUGUAGCUCCCAUGGUAAACUCAACGUGCUUGUCGCAUUCUCGGGUAAUUUACCCUGCAGUGUUGUUCAGAGGAGGGUAUGGUAUAUUUUACUCAGCGUAGAUCUCGGCAUACCUUACCUUAAACCAUAUUUCUUCCAUGGGCAAUUAAGUUUGGGUUUGGUCGUGCUUUGGGUGCUUUCUCGCCUGGAGUUAGUGUCAUUUUAAUGGUUAAGGCCGGGUUAAUGUCUCCUUACACUUUGUACAAAUACUGAAUAUAUGUAAGAUUGUAAGUAACCCCGUUAAUCAACCUCUUUGUGUUGGAGUAAGAGUUCUUGUGUAAUAUAUUUAAUUAUUUGAUGUAAUGUUAAUUAGAAGAGGAGGUGAAGUUGUUGAACUUACGAUUACAGAUGGAAGGCUGAUCUGUUAGGUUAUAGUUCUCAGAUCUUUCUACAUUAUAUAUAUUGGUCCUGCUGUGUAACAAAUCUGUCCUGAUAGUGAACCAAAUUUGCCUUGCACAGUUACCAUUCCAUAUUAUUUGGAAGUACUUUAGAUUUUUUGGUGAACUUGAUGCAUUUCAUUAGUUGUUAGUCAUUGGAAUAAGUGUUAAACUUUGUCUUUACUUUCAUCACGAGAGAAAGUACAUUUAAAAUUUUGAAGGAAUAAAAAUAUUGAGUGCUCAUUGCCAUGUUGUUGAAAAGUAGGUGAAUUGGACAGACAAGAAGUUUGUAAUAGGUACUCUAUUAUUACAGAAUCACAUUAUUACAAAUUAUAUUUUUUGUAAAAGAAAUCAUGUAUGAAGUAAGCUACACAUUUAAAUUAGGUACAUGCAGUAUUUAAAAUAAGUGAACAUACGAAAUAGGUAGACAAACUUGGUACACAUGGCCUUGAUACACACAUGGAAUAGGUACAGUAUACAUGUGAGCUUGGCACACAUGUGAAAUAGGUACACAUGAGAUAUGUACACAUAAAAUAGGUACUAGGUGCAAAUCACUCAGGUAGACAGUGAAAAUAGUUUCUUCAUCAUGGAGGUGCCAUUAUCUGACUUAACUAUCCUCUCAUUCCAUUGUGGACGAAAUGCACACAGAAAAUGAAAUCUUUAUUUGUAUAUGCCAAGCAUUCCAAACUGCCAUCAAGAUUGAAAGAUCUAUUUUGCCAUUUGAUUACUUUUGUUAUCAUCCUAAUUUAAUUUAAUGAGAACUAUUUUAUAAAACCCAAUACCUUGUCUUGCCAAUACAAACCUUAUCCAAGAGAGACUUAGAAAUGACUCUUUGUUGUCAUGUGACCUUGUACAGUGCCCCAGCUAGUGAGGAGUUGUUAAGGUUGCGCCUGCUUUUGUACAGUACAGUACCCUUAUCUAUAGUUGGUUCUCCUUGGUACUCGAUAGGUUGCAGGCUUGAGUCAGAUGUUUUUAAGGUUUCCAGUCACAAACUAGCCACAAAAGCAACUGUUUAUAUAUACAGUAUAUAUUUUAUGCAUUGUUACACUCAAGCAGAGUAGCACAGAAGAAUAUAUGAAAGGAGAUAUGAUAUAUAUCUUUUACUGUAUUUGGUAUAUUAAAAAAAAUCUCACGUAGAAUUAUGUAGUGUUUGCUCCUAAUGGUUGUCUACUUCACCCCCAAAAAUUGCUUUUGUGAACUGCUAGCUGGGGAAUUGUUUAGCCUUAUCCCGUGCCUUCUGUAACCCAGUCAGUACUUUAUACCUUACGAGGGACCAGGGAUCCUCAUUGACAAUGUCAUGUGUCCAUCCAUUUUAUACCCUUCAUGUACUUGCCUCUAUGCAUCAAAGACCAACAUUUUGAAUGAUGAGAUCUUGGAGGUUUGAUUGAUGAAUGAUUUCCAGGGCUAAGACAAUAGUUAUGCAGUAUCAUGACACAUUUACUCCCUUUCAUAGGUAAUGAUAUUUAGCUGAGUAAUAAUUUAAGAUCAAUUUCUACAUUUAAAGGUGGGCCUUCUGAAAGUGAAGUGUUAUUUAUAAUAGUGAAUUAGAAAUUUUAUCAUCUGACAAAGUUGUACUCAAGAGUUACUGUAUGCAUUUUAUUGAUGACCAGUGUCUUAGGUAAUAGACUUAACUGUCUGAUGUUGAAUUAGAGAAAUAUAUAUUUAAACAAAUACUGUAUUCAUGUUGUAUGUUAUAUGUUUAAGCAAAGUUGAUGUUAUUCAUGUGCUCAUAAAUCCUGUCAGUAGUGAAAUUUAUUCCCAGCUCUGAGACUUAGAUGUGUUGUAGUCAGUUAUAUACUGUACAAGACUCAUGUCUUAGAGGAAAACAGUUCUUCCUUGGACUUUUAUUGAAUUGUAAACAUUAUAAGUAUUUUAACUGGCAUACAGAGAGAUUUUUUUCAUUGAUACCUUAAACUCCAUUUUAAUGAUGCCCUUUUCAAUGUCACUGGUUACUGGUGACCACAUUUCUUUAAAGCAUUUCAAUUCAUGUCUUUGACAUUGAAAGAAAUUUAAUUUCUGUGAUUUUAUGAAAUAUUUAUAGUUUUUGCAGAAUAUUUUAUCCAGAGUGAAUCUAAUUUCAUUCUGUGUUAAAUGUUGUUCAGUAUUUUUAGGAUAUCACCGUACAAACAUCCAGUACUAAGAUCAUUAUCAUAACCCCGACUAAGUUGCCAUCAUCUAGUUUGGUUCCCUUUUGCACAUUUAUAAUUUUUCACCUGAUGAAAUUCUAACAUAUAUUUACAAUAAUAUGUACAAAUUUGUGAGUGAAUGUAGCUUAUUAUCUUAGAGAAACUACAAGUAGUGAAAGAAACUUAAGGGAAGGGUCACCAGACACAAACAUGACUAUAAUUUGUGUAUGUAGUCAAGGGCUAAUAAUAACUUGUUUAAUAGUGGAUGGUACUCAACAGACUCACUACUUCGGCACAAUUGUACUUCAGUUCUGUUCUCAGUUUUCAGUUCUUCCAUUUCGUAAAUUCCAUUACUGUUAUACAUAGUGAUUUUACCUUUCAUGUUAUUUGUGAAGUAAAGGCAAUAGUACCUAAUAAAAUGCUGAACUUAGA